UGCCCAUCUCCUCCGACUGUUGCCUUGUGCCAUCACUACCCAAUUCGCAUUCGGUCUUCUCCCGCCCACAAUGCCCCGACAACGCGCGCUCCUUUUGGCCCCAUCGGCGACGUUCGGUGAGGUCGGUCAACUCGACAAAGCCGAAUCAGCCUACUUGUACCCCACGCCUCACCUCUCUUUCGCAUGCACCUCUCUCUCCUUUGCUUCUGCCCGAUAUGUCUACCGCCGCCCUCAAGCCCGCCUCGGACACUUCAGCCGAUGCUCCGGCUAAGCCUCCGCCUACUCCUCAGAAGAGAGGCGUUCGCUUCUGGCUCAUCAUUGCUGGCCUGUCCAUCACCGGUUUGCUCGUAGCCCUUGAGGCCACUAUCGUUUCCACUGCCCUUCCCUCCAUCAUUGCCGAUCUCGGUGGCGCCGAUUCCUACGUUUGGGUCAUCAUGGCCUAUUUCUUGACCAUGACGUCCUUUCAGCCUCUUUACGGCCAGCUGGCCGACAUCUUUGGAAGGCGCUAUUUGACAAUCUUGGCUGUUGCUAUCUUCACCUUGGGUAGCGGGCUCUGUGGUGGUGCCGAUAACUUGAACAUGAUGAUCGCUGGCCGUGCCAUCCAGGGACUUGGCGGCUCCGGCAUCAACGUCUUGGUCGAGCUCAUCAUCUGCGACAUCAUCCCCUUGCGCGAGCGCGGAACGUUCAUGGGCAUCAUCUUCGGAGCCAUCACCCUCGGCACCGCCCUUGGUCCUCUCUUUGCAGGUCUAAUCGUCGAAUAUUCGACUUGGCGAUGGGUCUUCUACCUUAAUCUACCGGUUGCUGGCGUCGCGCUCGUCGUCUUGACUCUCUUCCUACAAGUCAAGUACGACCGCAAACUCAGCAUUGGCCAAAGCCUCAAGAGGAUCGACUACUUUGGCAACGCCCUGUUCAUUGCCUCCUGCGUCUCGACUCUGAUCGCAUUGGGCUGGGCUGGCACCGUAUACCCUUGGUCAUCAUUCCGCAUCCUCGUGCCAUUGAUUCUUGGCUUCGCCGGCUUCGCCGCCUUCCUCUUCUACGAAGGCUCGCGGUUUGCCGUUGAGCCUAUCAUGCCUCUCCACCUUUUCAAAAACAGGACUUCUUCCGCUGUCUUCAUCAUAACCUUCUUCCAUAGCCUGGCGAGUGUCUGGGUGCUCUACUUCAUGCCCGUCUACUUUCAAGGCGUGCGCAUGUCUACUCCCGCUCGCUCAGGUGUUCAGCUGCUUCCGACGGUCGUCGUCAUGAUCCCAUUCGGCGGCAUCGGUGGCAAGCUCUUGGAAAAGUACGGCAAAUACAAGCCCAUCCACCUCGCCGCAUUCGCUAUCAUGGUGAUCGGAUACGGACUCUUAACGUUGCUUGACGAGAACUCGUCGACAGCCGAAUGGGUCAUAUUCCAGAUUGUCGAGUCCAUAGGCUUUGGCUUGAUUCUCGCAGCCCUACUCCCAGCCUUACAGGCCAAGCUGUCCGAGGCAGAUUCAGCAAGCUCGACGGCCACGUGGGGCUUCAUCCGGGCCUUUGGCAUGGUUUGGGGCAGCAUCAUCCCCUCUUCCAUCUUCAACAACCGCUUCGACCAGCUCGCAGGGCGCAUCAGCGACGUUGCUAUUCGCGAGCAGCUCUCCGGCGGGCAUGCGUAUGAGCAUGCGACAAAGGCGUUCGUCAGUGCUCUUCCCACGGCUAAUGGUGUGCGAGACCAAGUCAUCAGCGUAUUCAGUGAUAGCCUGAAGCGGACGUGGCAGAUUGGUAUUACGUUCGUCGGGUUGGGCUUCCUGUUCGUGUUUAUGGAGGAGCAGGUCGAGUUGAGAAAGGACCUUGAGACUGAAUAUGGUCUGGAUGAGAAGGUUUUCAAGGACGAGGAGAAGGACUCCGCUGCUACUGAACCUCGUGGUAAAGCUGAGAAGUAGGGAUUAGAGGCUUUCUUUGGCGGUUUAAAAAUAUGUAAGAUUAAUGAAGCAAUUAUUAAAGUAUGGUGAGGUUAGUGGUUGUCAACGGCUCGUAUAAUGCUGGGAGAGUUUUCUUGCUUGAAUCAUCUAUACUAAUGGCGUUUUUGUGGAUCAAGAGGGUUUACAACUACUCGUGGCAAAGGCAGAAAAAGCUAUAUCGAUUAAACAAUAUUUUACUACGGCUCUUUUCAUCUGUCGGUGGAUCUCGGUUUGCGGUGACGGGCGCUAGAUAAUGGUAUAAUAAAUUGGAAG